CAAAGGUGGUGCUGCUCAAUAUUAGAAAGGUAUUCUUAAUGUUUUGUAAACUCAUUGUAUAUGGUGUGGUAUAAGUUACAGACAUUUCAGUGUUCCGAACGACCUCCAUUCUUGACGUGUUUGAAUUUCUGAGGUCUACUCUACUACAUUCUGAUGUGGAAUUUGGAAUGUUUCUGCCCUGUAGUUUUUAAUAUGUUGAGCUGUUCAGUCAGUAUUGAUGCCUAGUCGCCUGUCUCUUUGUCUGACUGCAGUGAGGCUCCUCUCCGGAGGUGCAGCAGCCUGCCUUCAGGCCUCCAACUGUGGCCGCAGAAAGUGGAACAGGACCCGAUCCCAGGGACUCCAGUUGCUGUCUCUAGCCACAGCAUCUACAAUAAACUAAAGUUUAGAUAUCAUAAGCAUUAAUAUGUUAAUUAUUUUGUAAAAUGUUGGGGUUAACAUUCCUUGUCAUGAUGAUGAUUCAUGAAUGUUUAACAUAAAGACAUGAUACAAAUUUGUAAAUGUAUUCAAAUAAACAUCUAUCACUAUAAAGAAACCAGCCCAGAAUAAACUGAUGGCCUACAUCAGAUUAACUAAUAUUUGUUUGGAAAAACAAUCAGAAUAAACAGAAAAUAUAAUAAGUAGCUUAUACACACUUCCGAGUCAGAAUUAUGCACCGUUUUGUUUGCAGAAGACAGAUGGCCUGUACAAUAAACAACACUGGACUUUUGACCCUCCUUCAACCAUGUGACAAUAUGAGCCAAUGGGAAGAUUACUGAUAUUUUGGGUUGCGCAAUUACGCAAACUCCAUACCGAAGUCCUAGUUUUUACCGCUGACCUUUUACCACUGUUUUUACCUUGGGAUUUUGUAGAAUUAUAGAAUUAAUAACUUUUGUAUAUAUACUUUUUAUUUGGCGAAUGCUUUUUAAAUAUGAUCCAUGUUGUUGGUUCUUUGGUUGGAGAGACAGAUUUUGUGGGUCCUUUCGUGCUACAUAACACCCAUACGUAACAGUCUACAUAACAGUAAAUUGAUGCCAAGUGAACAGUUAUGGAGCGUGGAACUGGAUGGAAUAUUUCUUUUGCAGGUUGUGGCUUCACGAGCAUUUAUUAUGUCGGCGCAUUCAGCUGUUUCCUUGAGCAGGCGCCGCACCUCGUUCAAGGCGCAUCCAAAAUCUCUGGUGCGUCUUCGGGUUCAGUUAUCGCUGCGGUCCUCACCAUUGGAAUGCCUUUAGAGCGGUACUGUAAGAAUUUGAUGUCGAUGGCCAGAGAGGCCAGGAAGCGUAAACUGGGCCCCCUGCACCCGUCUUUUAACCUGCUGAAGAUGGUCCGUGACUCCAUGGAGCAUGACCUUCCAGCCGAUGCCCACCUCCGUGCCUCAGGAAGACUCUGUGUGUCCCUCACCAGAGUGUCCGACGGAAAGAAUGUUCUGGUGUCAGAGUUUGACAGUAAAGAGGAACUCAUCCAGGUUCUCCUAUGUAGCUGUUUUUACCCCUUUUACUGUGGCGUGAUCCCACCUUCUUACCAUGGAGUGCGCUACGUGGAUGGUGCCUUGAGUAACAACAUGCCCCAUUUUGAUCUGAAGAACACCAUCAUAGUUUGCCCGUUCUCUGGUGAGAGCGACGUCUGUCCCAGGGAAAGUACACUCAACUUCCAUGAGUAUCACCAGAAUAACGCCAGUAUCCAGUUUAAUACUAACAACUUGCACCGGGUGAUCAUGUCUUUUUUACCACCAGAGCCAGAGGUAAUGGCAGAGAUGUGCCAGAAUGGAUACAUGGAUGCACUAAGAUUCUUACGAGAGAACAACCUCCUCCGAUCUGAGAGCCCCCCUGCCGGUGUGAUGAUUGAAACAGACUGUCCCGCAGCCUCUUGCUAUGAGAUGGUGAAUGAAACAGCCUCUUGCUGUGAGAGAACAGAAGCCACUGCUGAAGAGACUGAGUCCACUAAGACCCUGCUACGUUGGAGGCUCAACCACCCGCGCAAACACCACUGGUGGCUGGAUGUACACAGCAUUGAAAACCUACCAGUCUCCAUUAAAAAAGUGUUGUGUGAGGCGUGCAGGGAGAGACAUGCAGGCAGUCUGUUUUCCCAGGUGACUGAGCUGCUUCCAGUACGUGUGGCCUCCUACAUGUUCCUCCCAGUGGAGGUAGCAUUCUCCAUUGCUAAGAGGUUCAUGGAUUGGAUCCCAGAGGUGCCAUCUGACAUACGCUGGCUGUAUGGUUUAGCAGCUGACAUGUCCAGGCAGGCAUGGAAUGGGGGAGCUCAAGAAAUCAACAGUGAGCCAACAGAAGUCCUCAAAAUGCCACGGUUAAAGAAGUGUCAACAAAACAAAACAUCAACGCACCAAGAACCUUAAGAGGAAUCACUUCGAGUAAAACCGUGCAACAAUACCGAUCUGUUAAACUGCACACCCAUGGAGGACGUUUGUUUUGAUCAAUCUACAUAACACUGAAAAGACAACAGAAUUUUCUUACAAUUAUUUUAUUAACAAGCAUGUGAAAAAUGGAGGGACAAUUCUAGGUAGUAAUGCUCUUUGUAAAUGUAUUUACCAUAAGUAAACAUAAUAUUGAUGAUCAGCACAAGAACACAAUGAAAGAGCUGAUCUCCUCUCUGAGCCAAGGCCGGGAUACAUUCCAUUAAGCCUUAUAACGCGAUUGACAUUUAAAGAUCAUUUCUGAUGUGCAGCGUUUACCGUGAAUGUGGUCUCCCUAAAAGCGGUAUCAUUGCCUUUAAAAGAUGCAUACCAGAAAAGUUUCUUCCUUCUAGGGAGUUCUUUUAUAGUUACCACUGCGUCUGCUUUUGCUUCCUUUUCUGGGUUGAGGUUACUUGUAGGUUACUUGUAGGUUACCUGUAGUUUACUGUAGCUUACCUGUAGGUUACCUGUAGGUUACCUGUUGGUUACCUGUAGUUUACUGUAGGUUACCUUUAGGUUACUGUAGUUUACCUGUAGGUUACCGUAGUUUACCUGUAGGUUACUGUAAGUUACCUGUAGUUUACUGUAGGUUACCUGUAGUUUACCUAUAUUUUACUCUAGUUUACCUGUAGGUUACCGUAGUUUACCUGUAGGUUACCUGUAGGUUACUGUAGGUUACCUGUAGUUUACCUGUAUUUUACUCUAGUUUACCUGUAGGUUACCGUAGUUUACCUGUAGUUGACCUGUAGGUUGCCUGUAGGUUACUGUAGUUUACCUGUAGGUUACUGUAAAGCACUUUGCGACAGUUACCUUUUGUAUCCUCUUCUGGGUCUAGGUUACCUGUAGGUUACUGUAAACAGAUCACAGCAAAUCUGUUUACGCGACCAUUAAACUUUGAUUUGAGCAUA